AUGGCGGGCGGGUCCCCUGGCCCGGGACGGCCGGGUCGUCUCCCGCGCCGCGGCGGGUCGGCCCAAGCCGGGCGGGCGCGCGAGGACGGUGGCGACGGCGACGGCUGGGCCCCGGCGCGGCGGCGGCUCCGCCUCGGCCCCGAGUGUCGUUGCUCAGGCCCGCGGCUGGGCGCUCGGAGACUCCAGCCGCCGCCCGCCCCUGCAGUUCCUGAAAGUCCCCGGCUGCGCGGCCCCCGCCCCCGCCGGCCGAGCCUCCCAUUUACCGCGGCGUGCGCGGCGCGGCCGGCGGAAGCGCGCCCGGGGCCCUCGGCCGCCGCCCGGCCUCCCCGCCCGCCGCCGCCCCCGCGCCGGCCUCCGCCCUGGCGCGUUCCAUGCGGGGCGGCCGCGUCCCGAGUGCCGGCGAGGUCGGGCCCGGCGCGGGUCGCGCCCGCAUGGUCGCCCCGGCGGAGCGCCCGCCGAGGGCCGGGCCGGCCGCGCGAAGCUCGCGUGCGGGGUGCGGGAGGCGGGCAGAGGCGGCGAGCCUCAGCUGGCCCCGGCAGGCGGGGGCGCGCCCGGGAGCCUCGCCGGUCCGGGUCGCCGCGGGUCGGCGUGUGCGGAGGCGAGGAGCGGGCGACGGCCGACCGGCCUGCAGCCCUCCCGGGCCGAGCCGGCGGGACCUCAGUCCCCGCGACCCAGGGACCUCCGGCGCCCUUGACGGAGUCCAAACGCUGA